UCUCAUUCAUUCCCCGUCUUCUUCCUCACUGUCUUUCUCCUUCCCCCUUUUCUUUAAUUGCCGUAUGCAAUUUUCGUCACAACAAACUUCAAAACCCUAGGAAAUUUUAUCAUAUUAUGGGGUUUUAUUGGAUGUUCUCUCUUCUUUUUCCAAUAUAAACCCUAGAAACCUAAACAUAUCUCUCUCUGUGGUUUAGUUGAGAGGGAGAGAGGAGGGGGGGAAGGGGGGGAUAUGGAAAACGAAGUGAUCGAAUUCGAUAUUGGGUUGGGAGGAGGGCGAGUUGGUGGAGGAGAUGAGGAUGGUGUGGACAUUGAGCAUCCCGUUGACGACGAAGAAAUUGUCGAUACUCCUCCCGGCGGUGGCCUUGGCUCUGGUGAAAUUUACAUUCCCGAGGGUGACCUUGAUCUUGAACCUUAUGAGGGCAUGGAAUUCGAGUCCGAAGAGGCUGCCAAGGCGUUCUACAAUUCCUAUGCUCGCCGUGUUGGCUUCAGUACCCGCGUCAGCUCGUCUCGUCGUUCCAGGCGCGACGGAGCUAUCAUUCAGAGGUCCUUUGUUUGUGCUAAAGAGGGGUUCCGGAAUUUGAACGAGAAGCGCACCAAGGAUAGGGAGAUCAAGCGUCCCCGCACCAUCACCAGAGUGGGUUGCAAAGCUUCGCUCUCCGUUAAGAUACAAGAUUCCGGGAAAUGGGUUGUUUCUGGAUUUACUAAGGAACACAAUCACGAACUGGUUCCCCCCGAUAAGGUGCAUUGCCUCCGCUCUCAUAGGCAAAUCUCCGGCCCUGCUAAGACCUUGAUCGACACCUUGCAGGCUGCUGGAAUGGGUCCUCGUAGGAUUAUGUCUGCCCUAAUCAAAGAGUAUGGCGGAAUUAGUAAAGUUGGGUUCACCGAGGUAGACUGUAGGAAUUACAUGAGAAAUAAUCGCCAGAGGAGCUUGGAAGGCGACAUUCAGCUCCUUCUUGAUUACUUGAGGCAAAUGCAUGCCGAAAACCCAUCUUUUGUAUAUGCUGUGCAGGGCGAUGACGAUCAGUCCCCGAGCAAUGUCUUCUGGGCUGACCCCAAGUCAAGGAUGAACUACACUUACUUUGGUGACACAGUUACAUUUGACACAACUUACAGGUCCAACAGGUACCGUCUGCCCUUUGCACCCUUCACUGGGGUAAACCAUCAUGGGCAGCCUGUUUUGUUUGGUUGCGCAUUCCUAAUAAAUGAAUCUGAAGCAUCUUUCAUUUGGCUAUUUAAGACUUGGCUCAUGGCAAUGUCUGGUCGGCCCCCAGUGUCGAUCACAACUGAUCACGAUGCAGUGAUCGGUUUAGCCAUCUCACAAGUUUUUCCAGAAACCCGGCACCGAUUCUGCAAAUGGCACAUCUUUAAGAAAUGUCAGGAGAAGUUGUCUCAUGUGUUUCUCAGGCAUCCAACUUUUGAAGCCGACUUUCAUAAAUGUGUGAACUUGACUGAUUCAACGGAGGAGUUUGAGUCUUGCUGGUUGUCACUUGUUGAUAAAUAUGAUCUCAGGGAUCAUGAGUGGCUUCAAACAAUACACUCUGCUCGCAGACAGUGGGUCCCUGUAUAUCUGAGGGACGCAUUUUUUGCAGAAAUGUCUAUAACCCAACGUAGUGAUAGUAUGAACUCAUACUUCGAUGGGUAUGUGAAUGCUUCAACCAAUCUAAGUCAGUUUUUUAAGCUGUAUGAGAAAGCUUUGGAGAGUCGCAAUGAGAAAGAAGUGAAAGCAGAUUAUGAUACAAUGAACACUUCUCCGGUACUGAGGACCCCAUCUCCAAUGGAGAAACAAGCAUCAGAGCUUUACACUAGAAAAUUAUUCGUGAGAUUUCAAGAGGAGUUGGUUGGGACACUUACAUUCAUGGCCUCCAAAGCUGAUGAUGAUGGGGAGACCACCACAUAUCAAGUAGCAAAAUUUGGGGAGGAUCAUAAAGCUUACUAUGUUAAAUUCAAUGUUUUGGAGAUGAGAGCAACUUGUAGCUGUCAGAUGUUUGAGUUUUCAGGUUUGCUUUGCAGACAUGUAUUGGCAGUCUUUAGAGUUACGAAUGUUCUUACUCUUCCAUCUCAUUAUAUUUUAAAACGGUGGACGAGAAAUGCCAAGAGCAGUGUUAUAUUGGAAGAACGUGCCAGUGAUGUAUUGAAUAGUUAUCUAGAGUCUCAUACAGUUCGCUAUAAUACCCUACGCCAUGAAGCAUUUAAAUUUGCUGAUGAAGGGGCAAAGUCUAUUGACACUUAUAAUGUGGCAAUGAGUUCUCUACAAGAAGCUGCUGAAAAAGUUGCUCUUGCAGCAAAAACUGAGGGAAGAUUUGACAUGGUCAAUGGGCAUUUCAGGGGUCAGUCCACGAGUGAUGGGAGUAGGGCAUAUUAUACCAGUAGGGAACACCAAGGAAGCUUAGGCCAAAAUUUGUCUGAGGAUGAUAUGGACAGGAAAAUCCGAGAACUCACAGAGGAAUUGAACUGUGCAAAUGGAAAGUGUGAGGUAUACCGGGCGAACCUGCUUUCGGUUUUGAAAGAUAUUGAUGAACAUAAACAACAGCUGUCAGUUAAAGUGCAAAAUGUAAAGCUUAGUAUGAAAGACAGCUUCUAAAGAUCAAGGUUGAAGUAUUCAGUCGCUUAGCUUUUCAGAUCAAGGUUGAAGGCACAGGUAUUGCAAUACAGUAACAACUGAUCAUCUUUCAACUGAGUGUAUUGGAGAUUUGUUCUACCAUUUGAUUGGCCAAAUCUUAUCCUUUCCCCCAAAUUGAGAUGCGGAAAAUACAUGUAACCCCUUCCCAUUCAGAGACUAAUUUUGAUUUUAUUUCUAUUUGAGACUGUAUAAUGAGAUGCUUUGAUGUUUCACCAACUAAAAACUUUUCUACAGUUAACAGAGUACCAGGACAUUGGACCUGGCGCAGAGUUUUUACACAAGAUUGGGCAAAAACUCCCAUGCCUACUAGAAUCAGUGCCGCUACUGAUUUUUCUUUCCUAGAUGGUGAUUCAAGAGUUUUGAUGGGCUCAUAUGACAAGGGUAUGCUCCCAUGUCUAUAAAGCUUGGUUCUUCAGAAGUUUCUUCAACCAGAUGGAUUGUUAGACCGUGUCAUUCUUUCCACAUGCCGGACAGAACUAUGUUUUUUUCUGUGAGAAAAAGACCAUAUCUCAUUUACUCAUAUAGACUACUGAAAUUCAAUUGUGAUUCAGUUGGAGAAGGGAUGGUUCAUGUCUAUUCUGUUUUGUUUUUGUUUGUUUUUUCCUCAUAGAUUUAAAGAGUCCCAAAUAUCAUGCAUUUUAGGGUUCAAAACAUUUGCCAUGUCUAUGUCACAUGGCUAGGUAUGUUCUAGGGUUGCAGAUUAGAAACCUUGGGGCUGCAUCUUUGGUUUUGACUUUGUACAUAAUAACUUUGUCUUUUUA